AAAAAAACAUCGAUACUAUCGAUAGUCCCGUCGCAGCUGUUCGAAAAAUGUCUUCAACUUUAAUAAAAUGUUUAAAUUUCGCAAAAAAUGUGCGAUCAGCGACGGUGAAAGGCUUUCUUAAUGCUCCGAAGCAGCCAUGGCAAGCCUGGAGUGCGGCCGCGGUGCAGACGCCGCAUGCUCAACUGCACACUUCUGCCGCUCGCCGGGAUCUCAUGGAGUUCUUCGACGACAAGAAGCACUGGAGCGAGAACGAGGUAAAGGUGGGCCGCGCCUGGCGGACAGAUGAGCUGCGCAUCAAGUCCAACAAGGAGCUGCACCAGCUCUGGUUCAUACUACUGAAGGAGCGAAACAUGCUGAUGACAAUGGAGCACGAGUGCAACGACAAAAUGGAAAUCUUUCCCAAUCCCGAGCGUAUCGAUAAGGUGAAGAUUUCCAUGGAGAACCUGGAGACAGUAGUGCGGGAGCGCAACAAGGCUUAUCACCUGCUUGAGACAGGAGAGACGGGUGAGCGCCCACAGAAGGCGGUGAAGAAUGCCUUCGGUCUGCAGGUCAACUACAAAAUGUGCGAACACGUACUGCCGCCCUUCAUGAACCUCAAAUGGAUCAAGUCCCGCAACAUAGGUUUUGGCGGCAGGGCCGUGAAUAGGUUCCUGCUAAAGUAUAGGGAGCAGCUAUACAAUGCCAAGCGCAAGGCCAAGAAUCGGUCUCGCAACGAGGUCAUGAUGAUCCUCCGUCGCAAUCCCAACUUUGACCUGGAUGUGCUGCGGCGCAAGUUCCCCGAUGUGAACGUGGACAAGCUGCGAAACGAGGAUAAGGCGCGGGGUCACUAUGUGCCCAAGGUGGACGUUUAGGCCGAAAGCUUUGCAGUUAUUUAGUAAUAAAAAAUCAAAAUACUAUAA